AUGAAUAGAGAAUCCAAAAGAUUUUGACCUACCUUUUUUGUAUUUUACGCUUUUACGAUUGGAGGAGGAAUUCUAGUCUUACCUUCUUCAGUCUCCAAAGUAGGUAUAAUUCCUAGUCUUGUCACCUAUUUUUUAGUUGCAGGAACAUUUUAUAUCAUAUAUUUCUCAUUCAUAUCUGCUUGCGAAGACACUGGGAACUUGAAUUAUGGAGGGUGUGUCAAUUUCUAUUAUGGAAACAAAGCUGCUAAGUUUGCUUUAAUCAACAUGCUUUUGUACUCGAUGAUUCUAAUAUGCAAUCAUCAAGUAAAAAUAAUUUCACUAAUAAGGUUUGAUCUCACUCAAGUAGGAAUUUUAAAAACCAAAAAUUAUGGCAAUGAUGAUAUUUUCCUAUUAGACAGAUUCAUUAUUUUGAUUAUAAUCAGUAUCCCUCUACUUCUUUUUGGGAAGCUAAAAAUGCUUUUUAGCCUAAAAUAUUUACCAAUAUUUUCUAUCAUUUUAUGGAAUUAUUUGCUAUUAGUAACUCUUUUAUAUAUAAAUGAAGGGAAAAUAAAUCCUAAAGUUGUCUGGUGAAGCGAAUGAAAUGACGUUGGACAGCUCGAGAUUGUUUGGAAUUCAGUAGAUGCUUUUGCGGCUACUAUAUGCCUUCCAAUGAUUUAUAGAGAAUCUAAUAGUCCACGUAUUAUCAGAAAGUCUGCUGUAUUGGUGCUAAUUACAGCUCUUAUUUUAUUUUCUGUAACUUCAAUUUUAGGAUCCAUUUUCCAUAUUGGAAAAAUGGGUAAUCUGUCAUUAAUUUACUUUAGCAUAUCAAAUGAAAAUAUUUCUGAGUCAUUUAGCCCAACUAUGGCCAUUGGGGUUGCUGGUAUUGCAAUAUCAUUGAUUUUUUUAACUUUAUUGCUGCUCCACGUCGCAAAAUUAUGCUGGGUGCAAAUAAUUCAUGGAAUUCACUUUGAUGAUGAAAAAGUAAACCAUGACAAAAUUUCUUAUUGACUUGUUGGAUUCGCAUUAUUGCUUUGUAUAAUGUGCUCUAAUAUUUUGGAUCAAAUAAAAUUCUUAUUGCAGUUAUCAAAUCUUAUAAUCUGCCUUAUUUUCCCCCUUUUAAUAUAUUUGAAGAUGGACGAUCCAGGAGCCCACAAAAGUAUUUUUGGGAUUUGGAUAGGUUUUCUAAGCAUUAUUGAAAUAAUUGGCUUAUUUUAUUAA